UCUCUUUCAGCUUCCUUUUCACCCUCUCUCCCUGAGGUUCAAGAAUGGCACUCAAUAACGCCAUUGUACGCAACAAGACAAUCAUUCAAGAAAUUCUAUCGGCAGAUCCCCAAUUCAUACUUGACAAAGUGAUAGAGAAAGGACUGAUAACUCACCGCGAAUACACCAAACUAAACUCCAUCAAUAAGGGGGACGCAGAGGAUCUCGUUAUCAAGCUCGUGGACAAACUCAUUAACAAAGGAAGACAAACCGAGUUCAUUGGGCUUCUGCAGGACGAGGAAGUCCUAGAAACGUAUCCUAAGCUUAAAGACGUGGAAUGGGAAGACAGUGGGUCUACCGCCUCAUCGAGCAGUUUGAGUAUUGGACAUGGGGACCACAAGACGGUAGUAGAGCCAAGGAAAAAAACGAGAGGAAAUCGAGGCUGGAAAAGAAAGAGAAGUGAAUCAGAAGAAGAAGUGACCAAUACGAAACCUUGCACGGUGGAUGGGUCAGGCAGCAACACUGAAACCCGCUCCGCAGGGCAGGCUCUGUCCGAGAAGCAGCUCCUGAAGGUGGCCCAAACGCUGGGACAGGAGUGGGAUCAGACGGCCCUCCACCUGGGGCUGGAGACCAAAGAUCUGGAGGACAUCAAGGCAGAACAUAGAUCUGUGGCCAUGCAGAAGCAGAAGAUGUUGGUGCUGUGGAAGCGCCGAAGACCAGGAGAGGCCACAGCUAAGGACCUGCUGGAAGGUCUGAAAGACCUGGAGGACCUACCGGACGAGACUCGUCUGUUAUUGGAAGGGCAGAAUAUGUCCGAUACGCAGCUCCUGGAGGUGGCCCAAACGCUGGGACAGGAGUGGGAGCAGGCGGCCCUCCACCUGGGGCUGGAGACCAAAGAUCUGGAGGACAUCAAGGCAGAACAUAGAUCUGAGGCCAUGCAGAAGCAGAAGAUGUUGGUGCUGUGGAAGCGCCGAAGACUACCAGGAGAGGCCACAGCUCAUGACCUGCUGAGAGGUCUGAAAGACCUGGAGGACCUACCGGUCGAGACUCGUCAGUUAUUGAGAGGGCAGAAUCUGUCCGAUAAGCAGCUCCUGGAGGUGGCCCAAACUCUGGGACAGAAGUGGCAGCAGGCGGUCGUCCACCUGGAGCUGAAGACCAAAGAUCUGGACGACAUCAAGGCAAAACAUAGAUCUGUGGUCAUGCAGAAGCUGAGGAUGUUGGUGCUGUGGAAGCGCCAAAGACCACCAGGAAAGGCCACAGCUCAGGACCUGCUGAGAGGUCUGGAAGACAUGGAGGACCUACCGGACAAUACUCCUCUGUCAUUAAGCGGGGAACUUCAAAGGAUCCGUUCUGAAUUUGUGAAUAGAGUUUCAAACAAAGUUAUCAAAGGUCUCCUGGAUGAUCUUUGGCAGCAGCACGUGUUCAGUACUGAGGAAAAGGACUAUAUGAUGGAGGACUUCAGAACAAGAGCACGUUGUCUGAUCGACAGGGUGACCGCGAAAGGGGAGAGAGCAAGUCUGAUAAUGAUUGAUAGUAUGAAGAAGAGGGACCCUGACUUAUGCUCCACCCUGGGUCUGAUCUCUUCUCCUGCUGGUGUGGGACAUUGGGACGACAAGACGCUAGUAAAGCCAAAGGAACCAACGUUUUUUUCAAGGGCCAGAGACAAUAAAACCCGCUCCGCAGGGCGCAAUCUGUCCAAUAAACAGCUCAUGAAGGUGGCUGAAAUGCUGGGACAGGAGUGGGAGCAGGCGGCCAUCCACCUGGAGCUGAGCAUCACAGAUCUGGACUGCAUCCAGGCAGACAGACAGACGGAUGUGGCCAUGCAGAAAUACAAGAUGUUGGUGCAGUGGAAGCGCCAAAGACCACCAGGAGAGGCCACAGCUCAGGACCUGCUGAAAGGCCUGGAAGACAUGAAGGACAUACCGUUCGAGACUCGUCUGUUAUUGACAGAUUAUUGGACCGGCGAGGAGUUACCAAAUCUAUUGGAAAGAUUCCUAAACCAGUUCCAGCGGUCCAACGAGAAUGAGAGCCACGCUGUGUCCUCCACUAAAACCCUGUCCUCCAGUGAAACCAACACCCCUGAGUCUGCUCCACAACUCCCUCAAGCAACAAACGAAGAUGAAGAGGAUACACCAUAUCCCAUGAAGGCUCAACCAAAAGGCUACUGCUUGAUCGUCAACAACUUUGACUUCAGCCGUUCCGGUCUGGCCCAAAGUCAACGGAUGGUGACAGAAAUUGAUGAAGGUAGGCCUAGGGAUGAGAAUAGCCUGAGGCUUGUGUUCACCUGGCUGGGCUUCCAGGUGGAGGUGCUGCGGGACGCCACCAGAGACCAGAUGCUCUCCUCCAUGCGGGAGCUGGCCCGCAGGGACCACAGUGGGAUGGACUGCGUGGUUUGCGUGGUCCUGAGCCACGGCCUGGAGGGCGGCGUGUACGGGGUGGACGGGGGGGUGGUCCGGUUGAAGGAGCUCACUGACGUCCUGAAUGGGGUGCGGUGCGCCUCUCUGAGAGGGAAGCCCAAGCUGUUCUUCAUCCAGGCCUGCCAGGGCAACCAGAAUGAGCAGGCGGUCCCCGUCCUGGACAACAGACCCGCCCGCCCAGAGGUCAGGGACCAAACCGACGGACCCAGUAGCACUGGGGACCACACCCAGACGGACGGACCCAGCAGCACUGGGGACCUCUGCAGCGACGCCGUGGAGGAGAGUGAGUGGGUACCCACCUCGGCAGAUUUCCUGACCGCCAUGGCUACCACUCCCUCCUAUACCUCUAUGAGAGUCGAUGGCCGAGGCUCCUGGUUCAUCCAGUCCUUGUGCCAUAACCUUGUGAAGUUGGUUCCACGUGGCCAAGACUUAACCAGUAUCCUGAUGACGGUUCACAACGAUGUGAGCAAUAAGUACAACCGCAAUGAUGGACGCAGACAGAUGUCCCAACCUCACACCUCUCUGCGGACACGUCUGGUCUUCCCCGUCCCUGAAGGCCCUCUUCCCCGUCUGCCAACCAGUCCCUACACACUAAGAGAUCAAGUUUCCCCAACAGAGACGAAGGGCAGGACCUCUGAACUCCUCCUCAGCUCUGAGCAGUUCAAGACUGAGAAGCUGAAGGACAGAGACAACAUAUACACCAUCAUGGCCCCAGCCAACAGGACGCGCAUGGCUCUGCUGAUCACCAACAUGCACUUUAAACACUUGAGUGAUCGGCAUGGUGCUGAGAAAGACGAGCAGGAUAUGAGCAAACUGCUGAUCUCAUUGGGAUACAACGUGGAGCAACACAGAGACCUCAGUGGAGCGGAGAUGGACGAGGCCGUCAAAAGGUUUUCUAAAGACCCCCGUCUGGCCACGACAGACUCUGUCUUUGUGGUCAUCAGGUCCCAUGGGGUGAGGGGAGCCAUUUUAGGCGUCCAUCACGACCAGUUCCCCAUUGACAAUAUCUUCAAACACUUGGAUUCGGCUCAUUGUCCAAACCUGCUCAACAAACCCAAAGUCAUCAUCAUCCAAGCCUGCAGAGGAGAUAAAGAUGGCUCUGCGAUAGUCUGCGAUGGGCCUGGGUCUGUCCCAGAGCAGGCCCCGGUAGUGCAGGUGGAUGCGGCCCUCCCACCUCACCUGGCAGAUGAAGUGGACGCAGACGUCGAGGAGGAUGCUAUUCGCAUGGUACACAAAGAAAAAGACAUGGUUUCACUUCUGUCCUGCACCGCCGACACGAGGUCGUAUACACAUAAAAUCCAAGGUUCUUUUUUAAUCCAACACCUUGUGGAGAUCUUCAACCGCCACGCACACGAGGACCACAUCGACGAACUCUUCAGAAAGGUCCUGAAGCGUUUUGAAGAUGAGCCUCCUUCAGCGAGUGUAAGACAGAUGGCUGUCAAAGACCGAUGCACCUUAACCAGAAAGUUGUACCUCUUCCCCGGUCUUUAGAAUCAGGCUCCACGAUGACCGAUGGGAAAUGGUUUCAACACUUUACAACACUGUUGCGUAAAGUGGUGUCGGGAAAACAAACUGAAACCUUGAUCCCACAGCUAAUAUUGCUGAAGGUGCAGUCACAAUAAUGACCUAUUAGCAUAUGCUACACGUGAACCUCCUAAAAUGGCGCAAUUUGAUUGGUUCGCUAUCUCGGGAUAUUAGGCAAUAUCCCAUAAUUGAGAUCUCAAACUCAAAAUAUAAGGGGUAACACUGUCGUUUUUUAUUGGUCAACAUAGAAAAAACAUGAGGGGUAACUCGGUCGUUUUUUAUCGGCCGUCAUGAAAUAAACAUAAUGGGUAACACUGUCGAUAUUUAUCAAAUAAAACAUAGGGGGUAACACUGUUGUUUUUUAUUGGUCGUCAUGAAAAAAAACAUAAGGGGUAACGCUGUUGUUUUUUAUUGGUCGUCAUGAAAAAAACAUAAGGGGUAACACUCAGAGGCGCUGCAUCCCAUUAGGCAUACCAGGCAAUUGCCCGGGGCCCCGCAAUUGCUUGGGGCCCCGGGCCACUACUAGGGGGGCCCCCUAGAGCCUAAAAAAAAAAAAAAAAAUC